GACAAGUUAACAGAGUGUCUUUGAACAGAAAACCUAAUUUUCAAUUUUAUAUUCUAUUCUUUUUGAUUUCCUUCUAUGUUUAUGCAAGUUAAUGCAAUUUUUUUCAAUGAACUUUUAAAAGUAUUAUAAGAGAAAUUUUCAAUCACAUGAAAUUGUAAAUAAAUUCUUUGUAAGAAAUUAACGGUAAUUAGUUGUUCGAGAAAUAUGUUAUUAAACAAAUAUCUUGCAUAAAGACAAAUUGCAAACACUGAUAAAUCCUCAAGUUCAGAAGGAAACAACGAGCAUUGUGACAGUGUCAUCCUGUAUAUUAAUAAAGAAUCAACGUGAAAGCUUUCUGUGCAAUCUACAGUCAGACAUACGAAUAAAAUGUUUUCAAUCACAUUGUUAUCGUCAUUAGAUUAAAAAACAAUACACAAUAAUCAAGUACGAAAUUUAAACGCUGAAGAUACCGGAUAUUUGUAAAACACGUCAAACAGCGUGUGACGUUUUACGAGAAAUAUUGCUGUUCUCUCUCUGAUGAGCGGCAGUAGCACGUGGUCUCUGUUCGCUAUAACAUAUAUUGUUCAACUCGUUGCCUCUUUUCUCAAUUCGGGCUAGUGUUAAAAAGACGUCGUAUCGUGACGGAGACAUUUUUUUUCAUUGAACGUUUGCUGCACAAUACACCGAUAUAAACUCACGAACUAGAGACCGACCGUGCCGAAGAAAAAAAUGACAGACUCGGAGCCCAAGAUACUAAAAGUGGAGUUGCGAGAGCUCCAAACAUUAUUACGUAAGAAAUUUAGCGAUGAGCUCGAGGUCAUUGAACAUCACAUCGAGCCUUUACUGCCACCGGGGGAGAACUACGGAAGUACAAUGCUCAAAGUCGACGCGGUGGUUAAGAAGAAUGCACAGGCGAAUCGAGAGCAUUUACAUCUGGUGGCAAAAAUGCUGCCUGCCACGGAAUUUCAAAGGAAGAUGUUCGACAGCCCAUAUACAUUUAAAAAAGAAGCAUUUUUAUAUCAGGAAUUGAUACCGUCUUAUCAACAUCUAGAGCGUGAAUAUGACGUAAAAAACAGUGGAAUUUUUGAUAUUGUUCCAGAACUAUAUGGCGUCAGGUAUUCAUUAAAAUCGAAUGAAGAUUUCGAUGACGAUGCCGUUAUCUUAAUGCAAAAUCUUAAAGUUCUUGGAUACUAUACUGCCAAUAGGAAAGAAGGAUUGGACCUUGAACAUGCGAACGUAGCGAUACUCGCACUGGCGCGUUUCCAUGCUUUAGGCAUAGCAAUGAGACAGCACAAACCUGAUCAAUUUGAAAUCAUUAAAAAACGAUCUAAAUGCUUAGAUAUCGAACAAGACGACAGUUUCGAAAAGGUUCAGCAAUUUUAUAUAAAAUUGAUGCGCAAGGAUCCAAAGAUAUCAGUACAUUUCGAGCGUCUCAAUGCAGCAAUGACACAAGAAACGGUUACUACUUGGACGGCUCCACCACCAGAAGAAUGGUCCACUAUUGUUCACUCUGAUUUUUGGGUUAAUAACUUUAUGUUUCGUAAAGAUCCAAAUACUGGUCAUGUGACAGAUAUUAAAUUCGUUGACUUUCAAAAUUAUUUAAACUUGAGUCCUUUGCGGGAGCUAACAUUUUUUUUAAUGGUUAGCUUAGACGCUUCCACUAUGGAAAAUCAUUUUGAUAACUUACUUAAUUUCUACUACGAAAGUUUUAUUAGCGUAUUGAAACGACUCGAAUGCAAUAUCCAAUCUUUCAGUAAAGAUAAAUUUGACGAACGAAUGAAAAUUGAUGCAUUUCAUGAAUUUCCUCACUGCCCGUUUAUGUUGAGAAUCUUAUCAGCAGAUGUUAAAAACGAUUUAUCGUCUGAUCAAAUCGAAAAUAUGAUGCUAGGUGAGCAAUUUACUCCUUUGUUUAUUGAGAGAUUGCGAAGAUGUGUUAAGAAAUAUGCAGAAAAAGGCUGGCUUGGUGACUAACGUAGAUAAGAUUUUUAUUCUAAUAAUUACUCUAGAAAAAUUCAAAAAAGUUUACUUCUUAUCAUUCCGGUAAAGGCUCCUUAUUGCGAUUACUUUUAAUUAUCUUCAAUGUGUGUUUCUCAUCGUGAUAUGUAAUCAAAAUUAAAAAUUUGCAAUUUAGAAAAUUAUUAUAUAAUUAUAAGAGUAUUAAAGUGAAUCGUUUGAAAAAUAACGAUUUAAUGCAUUGAUGUAUAUUUGAUAUUUUUGUCUAUUCAAUUACAUAAGUUUAUAUGACAUCUGAGGAACAUGUUCUAUCUUCAUCGAAUGAAAUUUUGAUAAAGUUGGCGUUGAAAAUAAAAAUAAAAUAUUGACAGCUUCAUUUUGAAGGGUACUAAAAGGAUAUUAUUAAUAAAGUAAUAAUAUUAUAUAAUAAUAAUAUUAAUAAUAUUGAUUGAUUUUCUAAAACGGUAUAAGAUAAUUGUGAGAUUUAUAACAGUAUUGUAUAUACGAAAAGAAUGACAUUGAUAAUCACAGUAUUAGACUACAUCGCGAUUGUAAAGGUGACGCAACAUUACAGAUACGUAAUACUCGUAAUCAUCAUUGUCAAGUACAUAAUUUACUGUGCGAGAUUAAAUCGAAUUAGCACUAUCUUGCUGUAAUUUUCAUAACUUUUCAACAUUAUUUUUGUACGUAAAAAUCCAAUUUAUAUGUAAAAGGAAU